AAUGCAAGUGCACUUUUAGCCGCUGCAACGUCAAUAUUUUAGCAUCAGUGGCUGAAUUUGUCGAUUGUUCCAACGCUUCUUACCAAAGAAUUCGACUUUUUAAACGAUGGAAGAGGAUUUCCUCAUCGUGCCGAGCGGACCGGCGGAUUCCUACUGCCGUUUGUGCCUCUCGGAGGUCGACGUCGAAUCGCUGCUGGUGGUUUCCAAUGGCCUAACCCAGCCCAAUCAAACGCUGGUCCAACUAGUUAAGCGGUAUAUGGAAAUCGAUCUUACCGGGGCAGCAGACAACCCUUGCGGGAUUUGUAGCACAUGCCGGAUGAUGCUGGAGGAGUUCGAGCGCUUCCGGGACAGGUGUCUCCGGUGUGAUUACGCUCUUACCGGUAAGGGACGAAACGGGAUGAGGGAUCUGCCCUUUCAGUGCAGCGAGUGCUCGGUAAAGUUCCAAUUUAAAACCGAUUUCGAGAAACACUGGAAAUCGUUCCACGAUUUGCCAAAUAGCUGUGACCAUUGCGAUGCCAGAUUUGUAACGGAAAGCUUGUUGAAGUACCACCAGUUUCAGUUCCAUGGUGGUGUGGUUGAGGAUCAAACUCUGAGCUGCUCGCAUUGUCCGCGAAUAUUCGCCAAUGAAAAGCAACUGCAAUUUCACGUCAAAGUGCUGCACGGUCCGGUGGAAGCUCCGAAAGAAAUUGAUCCCCCGGUGAAGAAAAGCAAACCGGAUGCCCCGAAAAAAGAUGAUGCCAACAAAAAGCCAUUCAUGUGUGAAACUUGUGGGUCCCAGUUCCAUUUCAUCGGAUCGUUGAGACAUCAUGUUAAGAAAGUGCACAAACCGGCACCGAAACCUCGGAGGAAUGUUACUCCGGUUGUUCGAGAUGAAACAACGUCUCAGCCGGCAAUUAUUGUCCCUGCUUCCUUAACGACCCCAAUUGUACAGGAACCUAUGCCGGAAACAAUUGUACCUAUUUUCCAGGAUCAGAAUAGCAGCGCCAAUAUGACGAUUCUUCCAUCUUACGAUCAAGAUAGCUUGCCAAUCGAAGAAGGAAUUUUGCCGGAGCAAAUGCCUUUAAAGGUAGAACAACCGGAACCGGUUACAUACCCAGCAACGGAAGAGUUCCAAUUUCCUGGAAUGUACCCAUUCGUUAUAGCCCUGGAACGCUUAGAUCCCAAUUUGGUACCCCCAAUCCUAAACUACGAGAUCCCUCUAGGAAAAAUCUACUACGCACAGCAACAGCUAGCAGAACCGGAUACUUCCGAUCAGCUGGAUGACGAACUCCUCAUGAACUAUCCCACGUACACGCAGAGGGUUUGCAAGCAGUACGUUUGCAAUGUUUGCUUCCAGGAAUUCCCGAACAACGCUUCCCUCUCGAGGCACCGCCAAUUCGUCCACGAGGGAAUCGUUUUCCAGUGCGACGACUGUGGCAAGCAGUUCCAGUCCCGGCCACGGCUCGAACGCCACAGCUAUCAGCACACGAACAACUUUCCGCACCCGUGCGACGAAUGUCCGCUGAAAUUCUCCCGCCAGAAUGCGCUGCUCGAGCACAAGGAAAAGUACCACGUCCCGGGGGCGCCCCCACUGACCAUCGACUACUGCCCGUACUGCAGCCGGGCGUUCUGCAAGAUGAGCACCCUCAAGAAUCACAUCUCCGUGAUGCAUCGGGACCAGGACCGGGAGCUGAUGGUGCAAGGUGACGACCAGGACCAACCGCUGAUUAUACAUGGCGACCAGGACAUGGCGAGUCUGAUGAUACAAAGCGACCAGGAGCUGAUGGUACAUAACGAUCAAGGCAUGGAGCUGAUGAUGCAUGGCGACCCAGACCAAGCGCUGAUGGAGCAUAGCAAUCCAGAUAUGAAGCUGAUCAUGUAAAACUUAACCAUGCAUUUCUUUUCAUCAAUUUGUGUUAGUUUGUACAUAUGAUGUGACAUUUCAAGCGUGUACUAGAAUGAUCGAUUUCUCUUCAUCGAUCCUCUCUUCUGUGAAUAAGGGUGACAAGAUGCAGGUUCGUCAGCAUUUUCUUUAACUUCGGACCGCUUGGCAGCGAUGCAAUAUUGCGUCCUGAGAAGAAAAAAUGCUGACAAACUUGUAGCUUGUCACCAUUAUUCACAGAGAGAGGAUCGAUGAAGAGAAAUCGAUCAUGCGACCCUCGCCCUUAUUCUAGCACACGCUUGAUUUAUCGGAAGACUCGGAAGAAGACUAGCGCGGUUAGUGGAUUAGUCAUUUGGUGUGACUGCCGUUCAUCCGAGGAGACAAACACAGGCAGUUUAGGAAACUCGAUCGUGUACCGACAGCGAUCCGCACAAUUCUACGUGGUUCUACCACUAUGGACCAGUUCACUAAUUUGACGUUUGAGCGGUGCCGAAUGAUAAGCCAAACCGUAAAAACUGAAACACCCGUUUACAAGUUCAACAGAUUUAUUAGAAAAUAACUUAUUCCAACAACGGUUCGCUCUAAACUAACUCUAAACGCAUGAAACGGUGCUGGCGCAUUCAAACGAUGAUUGCCUACUUCGAUAGUUUCAUCACCGAAUUCAAUCGUUUCCGUGGUCACAUAAAUAACACGGCACCG